AUGCUGCAGCAUUUAGUUGUUUAUCAGCAAAACUGUGAGAUUACUGCCUAUCCCACAAUAUUAGCCCGUCAAGUUUACAAAACUCGUUUGGAUGUACGUUAUGGAGGAGAAAGUGAUAAUCAAUUAUUAGAUAUAUACUUUAAGGAACAGGAAGAAGGUACCCCCAUAUUUGUCUUUAUUCAUGGCGGAUAUUGGCAACAAUUGGAUAAAUCUACUUCUGGCCCUUUGGUAUACCCUCUUAUUGAACACAAUUAUCGCAUCAUCUUAGUGGACUACAACCUGUGCCCCGAUAUAACUUUGCAACAAAUUACCCAACAAAUGUGUAAUUUCUACAAAUGGUUAACAAUUUAUGCUACAGAAACUAAAACUCCAAAAAUGUCCAUAAGUGGCCAUUCUGCUGGAGCCCAUUUAGCUGUACAAAUGUUUAAAGAUGACUUUUUAGAGCCAUUAAAACGUUUGCAACUAAUUGAUCAAAUAUACUUAAUAAGUGGCGUUUAUGAUUUACGAGAAUUGUGGAAAUUAAACAGUUGCAAUGCUAAUAAUAUUUUAAGUUUAAAUGCUGAAAAUGCAAUUGAGUUAUCACCUUUAUGUUGGCUGUAUAAUAAGGAUUUGAUAUGUGAAUAUCAGAAACAGGGUCUUAUGGUGCAUGUUUUGGUUGGAGAAAAUGAUAGUGAACGUUUUAAGAAGCAAGCGCAGGAAUAUUGUAGCAAGCUAAAGGAACUGAAGCUGGAGGCAGUUUAUAAGGAAUUUGAUAACUAUGAUCAUUAUGAUAUUAUAGAAGAAUGUGCUAAUUCUAAAUCGGCCAUUAGCCGUUAUAUAUGUAAACAUUUGUAG